UUCUUUUUUGGUGCUGAAUCGAGGCUAUCGGGGAAUCGACGGUGAUUAAUAACUUAACGGCGUGCGCCGUCGUCAAUUAGAAACCAUUUGGUUCCGGUUGGCUUUUUCUAAAGACACGUGCACUUACCAACGAGUACUGGAUUUGGGGGUUUAGGGUUUUGUCCAGUCUGCUCAGCCCAAGGGCUACGGUUUCCUCAUCUCUCUCUCUCUCUCUCUCUCUCUCAGUUUUACGGCUUUUAUUCGUCGGAAAGAUGAUGUACGGUGGUGAUCCUCACCAGCAGCAGCAACAACAGCAACAGCAGUAUAAUCAACAGCAGCAUCAAGGUGGCGACUUUCACCGGGGCCCACCGCCUCCUCCGCCGCAUAUGAUGAGGCAGCCCUCUGCAUCUUCCAGUACUCUCACCCCAGAUUAUCACCACCCCUCCGCCCCUAACCCUCCCCCUCCUUACGACGCUCAUGGUGAUAGUUUUGCUGCAAAGAGAAUGAGGAAGCUUACCCAAAGGAGGGCAGUUGAUUAUACAAGCACUGUAGUGCGGUACAUGCAGAUUCGAAUGUGGCAGCGAGAUUCAAGGGAUAGGAUAUCAUUGCAACCUACCCCAGCAGCAGCGAUUGAUAUGUUGCCUACAAUUGCCUAUUCAGAUAAUCCAUCUACAAGCUUUACUGGAAAAUUUGUACAUACAUCUUUGAACAAAAACCGUUGUUCAAUUAAUCGGGUUUUGUGGACUCCUACAGGGAGACGAUUAAUCACGGGCUCUCAAAGUGGGGAAUUCACUCUUUGGAAUGGACAGUCCUUUAAUUUCGAGAUGAUUCUUCAGGCCCAUGAUCAAGCAAUCAGAUCUAUGGUAUGGAGUCACAAUGACAACUGGAUGGUUUCUGGUGAUGAUGGGGGCUCAAUAAAGUAUUGGCAGAACAACAUGAAUAAUGUCAAGGCCAAUAAAUCUGCUCAUAAAGAAUCAGUCAGGGACUUGAGCUUCUGUAGGACAGACCUGAAGUUUUGCUCCUGCUCAGAUGAUACUACCGUUAAAGUUUGGGACUUCGCACGAUGCCAAGAAGAGCGCUCAUUGUCUGGCCAUGGUUGGGAUGUGAAGAGUGUUGACUGGCACCCUACAAAGUCUCUUUUAGUUUCAGGGGGGAAAGACAACCUUGUGAAACUUUGGGAUGCCAAAACAGGAAGAGAGCUUUGUUCAUUCCAUGGCCACAAAAACAUGGUUCUCUGCGUUAAAUGGAACCAAAAUGGUAACUGGGUGCUUACUGCUUCAAAGGAUCAAAUCAUCAAGCUGUAUGACAUUAGGGCUAUGAAGGAGCUUGAGUCUUUCCGUGGACAUCGGAAAGAUGUGACCACUUUGGCUUGGCACCCGUUCCAUGAGGAGUACUUUGUCAGUGGGAGUUUCGACGGGUCCAUUUUCCAUUGGCUUGUGGGGCAUGAAACUCCCCAGGUAGAAAUUUCCAAUGCACAUGAUAAUGCUGUAUGGGACCUUGCAUGGCAUCCUAUUGGAUAUCUUCUUUGCAGUGGUAGCAAUGAUCACACAACGAAGUUCUGGUGCAGAAAUAGGCCGGGUGACACUGCUCGUGAUAAAUUUAGCAUGGGUCAGACCCAAGGUUAUGGUGAGCAAAACCCGGUUUUUGGUGGUCGCAUGGCUGGUAAUUUCCCAGUACCGGAAGGGCCAACAACUCCAGGACCAUUUCCUCCUGGGUUGAAUCGAAAUGAAGGAACCAUUCCUGGUGUUGGGAUUGCAAUGCCACUAUCCAUACCAGCUCUUGAUGCAUCAGCUCAGGGAGACCAAAAGCAGCCCCUUCCUGUUUCUAUGUCUUUAGGGCCUCCUCCUCUCCCUCCUGGUCCACAUCCCUCCCUUCUUGCUGGCAACCAGCAGCAAGCAUAUCAACAGAACAUGCAGCAGAUCCCACAACAACAACAUCACCAUCAACACCAGGCACUCCCACAGCAAAUGUCCCCUUUGCCUAUGCCCAACAUGGCACAGCUUCAGCCUCCAUCUCAUUUACCUUUGCUUUCGCAUCCCCAUUUAUCUCGCCCUCCACCCCAAAUGCCCCCACUUGGUAUGCCUUCAUCAAUCCCAUCUUCAAUGCCAGGAUCAAUGUCUAUGCCUUCAUCAGGGCCUGCCUCACAUCAAUUGCCAAUGCCUGGUCCAGUGGGGAUGCAAGGUACAAUGAAUCAGAUUCAUCCAUUGCCUCAAGGCCAUUUUAUGGGCAUGAGCCCCUUGCACUCAAAAUCUUUGCCUGCUAGCGGAGCACCUCCACCAGCUGGGAGUUUUCAGAAUGGAUUGCCAAAUAUGCAGGCCCCAUCAAAUGCAAGUGGGCCCCAGAUGUAUCCUCAGGGUGGGAUGUUUAACCGGCCACAAGCUGGACAAAUGCCAAUGAUGCCGGGGUAUAAUCCCUAUCAGUCUGGGAAUCAACCUGGUAUGCCUGCACAUCCACCACAAGGUCCACCGCCACAUGGACAAACACCGCAGUAGGCCAUUCUUAUGUCAAACUAUGGCAUUGCAGGGGCUGCCAUCUAUGUCAGAAGGGAAAGCUAUCUGUCUUGGACAACUUAUACUAACGUUUAAUCCUACCUUUCAGCCCUUUUCUUUUCUUCAUUUCUUUUUUGUGGUUCAUUGGAUAGGAUGGCUUUUGUUGCUCCAAAGAUUCGCCCAUAAGUUGUCAGUUUGAUAGGAUUCUCAUCUGGUUGAGCUCUUCAUUAGUUUUGUUAAACAGCUGGUUAUCACAUACUGUAGGCAAUGAAUUUAGAAAUCCCAAAAUCCCACUCGUAGCAAAUCCGGGCUUUAGGAAUUUUCAUUGAUCAUUUUCUGUAAUUUUUCUGUUGAUGUUAGUGAUUAUUUGCUAUAUUUUGCU